CACACAGCCGCGUCCUGCACACACGGAACGAUAGACUGUGAGAGCGGCGUCAGUCCUCUCCUCAAACUAGCGCUCUUCUCGUGGGGAGAAAAAAAAGAUCCGUCACGAACAACUCGUCAAAGUUUUACCGUCAUCAUAUUAGCAAAGUGAACUUGGAAGAAGCGAAGACUUGCAUCAGACUGCAGGCUAGUUCUGCGUCCAUCUCGUCUUAACCUUUUUCCCCCAAUGGAGGAACGGCUCAAGACCGACUGGAGGUGAACGCUACCCGGAGAGGGCUGCUUGGCAAGGGGGUGGAAGCCUGACCCACACACGCUGAUCGGGCUGCGCUCUUUUCUGGCGUUUUCCCCGUGUUACAGCAAUCGAUUGGGCAGGUCCAAACGCAUCACAUUGAUACGCGGACCACAGCCUAUCGAGACUGCAAUUCAACAAAGUUUUAGAGACACUUCAUUUGACAUUGACUGGUAGGUUAUUUGUUUUCUGCGUAUCCAGAAGACUUGCUCAGAUGCAGAGUUGCAUACUGAACCCACAAGAACUUAAUGACAAAGUCGAACCUCUGCUGAACAACAGAACUACAGAAAGACUGCUCAUAUAAUCCCACUUUGAGUGGUUGUUUUGACACGUUUUUUUGAUAUCUGACUGCUUGUUUUCUGUGCCACCGGGAGUUCAAUUCAUCGGCAAGAGUUUCGGUCAACAGAGGAUGAAGUGAAACCUUUACGCAUACGGUGGCCUGGCAAAACUAUCGGAAGGGGGCGAGCAUCUGAAGGAAGAGGAGUCCGAAAACUCCUGGACACACACGAUCAAAGAGUAGGCGAGUCACUCGCGCCUGGCUGGGACACUCAAAGUUCUCAACAACAGGAGGAAGGGCUGGCAAAGUCUGAUUGCGCGCAAAGCAAGCUGCUCUCAGCCUUUCGAGCGGUAGUGGGAAAUAUGCAGAGACGGUGGUUGAAGAAUGGAAUACGACAAAAACAAAACAAGACAUCAAUGAGUAUCCAGCUCUCGUGAGUGAAAGCCCCCCAUAGAAAAAAGGAAAGAAGCUGACCUUCCUCGAGCGAGGACCCCCCCCUGAGUGCGGGGCGUAUUAAGCGAUAUUUGGUGUGUCGGCGGAGGAGGUGGAUAGUGAGCAGAGAGACAGAUAGUGUGAGGGUGAACCAGCUAAUUGCUAAGUCCGUCCCUCAUUACCAUAUCCAGUGUGUCCGCUGGACUUCAGCCAAUCCGCCUCACACGGGCACCAUUAAUCGCAAUGCAUUAUUCACUAUCAUAAUUAUAUACCGACAUGCGCAAUCCACACAACGGCAACAGCAGCUAAUUUCCGUAAUUUUGCAACUUGACUAUUUGUGAACAUUUUUUUUCACCCUUCGCUCCUCGCUGAUGUAUCUGCAAAAAGCAGAAACAAGUCGCAGCGAAGUAACAACAACAUGUCCCGCCGCAAGCAAGCGAAGCCCCAGCAUCUCAAGUCGGACGAGGACCCCACACUUGUCGGGGUGAUUUCCGAAAAUGUCCCAGGUGAGGCCCUCGAGGAUGCCGACAGUGGAAACGAGAGCCGCAGCGGCAGCGAGGAGACCCACGUGUGCGAGAAGUGCUGCGCCGAGUUCUUCAAAUGGUCCGACUUCUGCGAGCACUUGAAAACCUGCACUAAGAACCCACUGGUUCUCAUUGUGAAUGAGAACGAGGCCACUCCACCAGAGGACCCAUCACACUCGCAGGAGUACCCGGGGGAACUCUCGCCGAUCCCCAGCUGCCAUAGCGACCCAGUGGACAGCGAGGGCCCUGGGGAGGGCAGCCACACUCCAGCCGAGGGGGACGAUGCCGGAGAGAUGAUGCUGGAGAGAGCGGUGCCCGCCCCGCUGGAGAAAGAGGACGUGGAGCCCAUGGACAUGGACGUGGAGAUGAUGGAGGAGUUCCCCAUGGAGAAGCCCAUGGUGGCCGACCCAGAGGAGCGGGACGCCUCGCCCGAGCCCCCCGACGGCGGCCCACUACCUCAGAUGGAUGAAGCCAUCGUCCAGCCCACGGGGACCAUCGCCACGGGCUACGGCGGUGGUGGUGGUGGCGGUGGCGGCGUCGGUGGCGGCAUGCCCAGCACAAACGUCACCCUGGAGACCCUGCAGAGCACCCGCGUGGCCGUGGCCCAGUUCUCGCAGAGUUUCCGAGGGGGCGCGGCACUGGCCGCGGGCGUCUCCACCAUGGCCAUCCCCAUGAUCCUGGACCAGCUGAUGGCGCUGCAGCAGCAGCAGAUCCACCAGCUGCAGCUCAUCGAGCAGAUACGCAACCAGGUGGCGCUGAUGAACAGGCAGCCAGGCUCCGGUGGCUCCGGCGGCGGCGGUGCUCAGCCAGCCCUGGGCCACCACCCUCCUCACCACAUCCACGGCCACGGCGCCGGCCCUGUUCCAAUGCCCUCAGCUUCCGCCUCCUCCUCCUCCUCCUCAUGCCUCCCGGUGGUGCCCGGCCAGUUGCAGCUCCACAGCUUCAUAACGCCGCCUGUGCAUCAGCUGCCAGUCAGGGUUCCACCCUCGCUGAAUGGUCAGGGUCCCACAUCACUCACGUCUGCUCUGGAGGGUCCGCUUAGCCAUGCUUCACAAGCGUCUGGAAGUCAGAUGUCCAGCGCCGGACUGUCAGGCAGCACAUCCACCAACUCUCCGUUCCCGCCGUCGAGCAGCAACGUGGUGUCUUCUUUGCUACCCCCGAGCACAAUUGCUAACACAAACAGCAUCAGUAGCAGCAACGGCGGGCCGCUGGCUGGCAUCAGCAGCAGCGUGGCAGCACUGCCCAGAAACUCCUCUAGCCCCCCAACCCUGUCCCACAGCAGCCUCCUGAGUUCAUCCUCCAGCCUGUCGAACAUGCCCCUGAUGCCUCACAGCUCCUCCAGCAGCGUUAUUUUCCCCAACCCGCUUGCCAGCAUCGCAGCCACGGCGAACGCACUCGACCCCCUCUCGGCGCUGAUGAAGCAUCGCAAAGGCAAGCCGCCUAACGUGUCUGUGUUUGACACCAAGCCCAGCUCGGAUGAUCCUUUCUUCAAACACAAAUGCCGAUUCUGCGCCAAGGUCUUUGGCAGUGACAGCGCUCUUCAAAUCCACCUGCGCUCGCACACCGGCGAGAGGCCUUUCAAGUGCAACAUAUGCGGCAAUCGCUUCUCUACAAAGGGCAACUUGAAAGUGCACUUCCAGAGGCACAAGGAAAAAUACCCUCACAUUCAAAUGAACCCCUACCCAGUUCCAGAGUACCUGGACAACGUGCCCACCAGCUCGGGUAUCCCAUAUGGCAUGUCCCUGCCUCCCGAGAAGCCUGUCACCACUUGGCUGGACAGCAAGCCGGUCCUCCCUACUAUACCGACCACAGUUGGCCUUCAGCUGCCGCCAACAAUCCCUAGCAUGAUGAGCGCUUACGGCGAUUCUCCCAGUCUAACACCCUUAAGUAGAUCACCUCAGAGGCCGUCUCCGCCGUCCAGCGAGUGCGCCUCCCUCUCUCCUAAUCUACUUAAUGCCGAGGCCAAUCUGUCUCGCACUGAGUCUGAGUCACCACCGCAGCACAACACCAAUGCCAACGGCAGCGCCAUGGGGAGCGACGCCACGCCCCCUCUGUUGAAACCCGAGGUGGUCGUCGGAGUUCACCUGCCACCUAACUGCACCACUAGGCCUGGGGAGACCACUCACACCAACACCACCACCUCAGUGACCCAGGCUGCUAUGUCAGCGGCCGUCACCACCACCACCACAAGCACCAUGCCGAGUACUACCGAGCCCACAACGCCUCCCACCUCAGCCUCUCACCCCUCGUCCUCCCUGCCUAUGAUCUCUGACCAGUACAAGGCCAAGUUUCCUUUUGGCGGGCUCUUGGACUCUAUGCAAACCUCAGAAACCUCAAAACUGCAGCAGCUGGUGGAGAACAUCGACAAGAAGAUGACAGAUCCCAAUCAGUGUGUCAUCUGUCACAGGGUGCUCAGCUGCCAGAGUGCCCUGAAGAUGCACUACCGCACCCACACCGGCGAGAGGCCCUUCAAAUGCAAGAUAUGUGGCCGUGCUUUCACCACGAAGGGCAACCUCAAAACGCACUUCGGCGUGCACAGAUCCAAGCCUCCGCUCCGGGUCCAACACUCCUGCCCCAUCUGCCAGAAGAAGUUCACAAACGCGGUGGUGCUGCAGCAACAUAUCCGAAUGCACAUGGGCGGGCAGAUUCCAAACACUCCCCUGCCGGAAGGAUUCCAAGACAUGGAAACGGAUCUGUCGUUUGAUGAGAAGAGCCUCGAUGCCAUGAGCACCUACGACGACGAUCUCAUCGACGAAAUGGAGCGGGCGAUGGACGAGGAGAUGGACCUGAAAGAUGGGGAAAUUGACCCCUCCAAGCCCCUCAUGCUCUCGUCCGAGAUGUCGCCUGGAAGCUCUCCGCCGACCUCGGUCAUCUCGAGCAUCGCCGCGCUGGAGAAUCAGAUGAAGAUGAUUGACUCCACCGUCAACAUGACCCGCUCCUUUGGGUUGAAACCCUUCGAGAAUGGCAUCGGUUUCGGGGGCGCCGGCGGCGAGAACGACUGUUUCAACAACAACGACUCCUCUUCAGCCUUGGGCGACCUUGAAAACCACAGCCUGGGCAGCCCAGCCAUGUCUGAGUCGUCGGGCUCCAUGCAGGCUCUCUCCCCAACUCACAGCCAGUCAGAGAGCCACAGGUCCAAGUCCCCAGGCACAACAAAUAACACCAGUGACCGUGUUCCCGGAGAGGAAGGUCAGGGACUGGGGCACGGGCAGGGACAAGGUCAAGGACAGGGACAAGGACAGGGGCAAGAGGGCAGCACAGCAACAACGGUCAAGUCUGAAAAAUCCGAAACGCCUUCCCCUCGCCCGGCAACUGAGAACAAUGGAGCUCUGGACCUGACUGCAACCCAGCCCGGAAGGCACUUUAUCAAAGAAGAAAAUCAGUUCAGCAUGCUCUUCUUAGGCAGAGACCGAGGUCUGGGCCCUCACAGCAUGGUUCCCACACCCAACAUGAUCAAGCUGGAGAUGAACGGCCACAGCAAGCCGUCCUCGCUGAGCGAGGGUCCCCACCUGCCCAUGGGUAUCCAGGUGCCUGCGGCCGCGCCCCAUCAGGCCGUGAUGAACCCCAACCUCACGCCCAUGCUAGCACCGCCCCCGCCACGCCGUACCCCCAAGCAGCACAACUGCAACAACUGCGGGAAAACCUUCUCGUCCGCCAGCGCGCUGCAGAUCCACGAGCGCACGCACACUGGAGAAAAGCCCUUUGUGUGCUCCAUCUGUGGAAGGGCCUUCACUACCAAGGGAAACUUGAAGGUCCACAUGGGCACCCACAUGUGGAACAAUGCCCCUGCCAGACGAGGGCGCCGCCUCUCGGUAGAGAACCCCAUGGCCCUGUUGGGGGGAGACGCCAUGAAGUUCAGCGAGAUCUUCCAGAAGGAUCUGGCGGCGCGGGCCAUGAAUGUAGACCCAGGCUUUUGGAACCAGUACGCCGCCGCCAUUAGCAACGGCCUGGCCAUGAAGAACAAUGAGAUCUCGGUCAUCCAGAACGGAGGGAUCCCCCAGCUCCCCGUGAGUCUAGGCGGCGGGGGCAUCCCCUCCCUGGGGGGCAUGUCCGGGGGCAUGUCGGCGGGCAUGGAGCGCGCACGCACCGGCAGCAGCCCCCCUAUGACUGGCCUAGAGAAAGCCAGCAUGGAGGUAGGGGCUGGCCGUCCCUUUUCCAGAUUUAUGGAGGACAAUAAAGAAAUUGGGAUCAAUUAAUGAUGACAGACUUUUUAAAAAGGUGGACGAUUGCGAACAGAAAGAGACUGUUGGAUGGGAAAAAUGUGGGAAAGUAAUUGUUAAUCGAGUUUAAUCCAGUUUGAUUAUGUACUAUAUUAUGUACAGAUGACCUUUUUUCUGUUUGUUUUUUUGGAAGUAUAGUAUUCCGUACUGAGUAGAGGUAUUCACCUUCCUCCCAUUCUUCCUAAUUGACUCAUAUGAAGAAACUUUGUCUCUUGUUUGAGAAUCUGUUGUCUUGCAAGAUUUGCAUGGUACUUAUUUGGUUCCUAUCAGUAUGUUUGACUGCUUUUGAGGAUUAUUUUCAACAACAAAAAAAGAUAAUAUUGAUAAUAAUCUUAAUGAUGAUGAUAUUGAUGAUGAAGGCAAUUAUACAAUGAUCAUGAUAUACUAUAUUGACUGGGUUGAUACGUGCAAACUUCAGAGGAGUGAACACUGAGAUCUGUAAGACUGAACUUUUUUGUGCAUAGACUGUCUGAGCAUCUGGUUCUUUGAACAAUAUUUGUUUUAAGACACAAGGGAGUUAAUCAGGUGGGAUUGAAGUGACUUUGUGUUAGUGCUCGCCUAAUACCCUUUUUUUCUCAUGAAGUAGAAACUUGAAAAAAAAAAGUUUGAACUAUUUUAAUCUUUACAUUUAGUCUCUUGGCAUUGUCUUAUAUUAAUGUCCAGUGUCUUUAGUAUUUAUAUUGACAAAAAAAGCGGGUAUAAGAAAAGAUAUUUAAUGCCCCCCUUCCCCAUCUCCCCUAUUUUAUUGGUCCUUUUUUUCUAAACUUCAGACUUCUAUUAUGGAUAUAUCUUUCAAUAAAGGUAAAAUGGCAGUUCAUUUGACCAAUACACACGCAUUGUGAAGUUUUAUUUGGAAAUCUAGCAUGGAAAUGUGUACCAUAACAGGGAGGUACACAAAGAGGAAGCUGGGAUAUCUGAAGCUGCUAAGACCCCCACAAAUCCUGCUUUUAACCUUUGUAAAAAGAGAAGAAGAAGAAAAGAAGACUAUCCUUAGAUGAUAUUAUUAUGUAUAAAAUAACUAGUAUGCAUAUUUUGUAAGACAUGAUAAAAAAAGGAAAUCUGAAAUCGAACAUAUUUGUCAUGAUCGUGAAUGCACUUUUUAGCGAAGAAAAAAAAAGGUUUUGUCUGUACGAUUCCAUUAAUGUUUUUUGAUUGAGCUAUCACUUGUUGUUUUUAUUAUGUUCUGUGCAGAGUCGCUCUGAACUUUGACCUCUGAGCGGUGUUCUGAUGAUACCUUUGCUCUCCAUCAGGCUCCUGGUCUUGGUCACGUCAUCAAAUCCUAUUCAAAUAAAAUAA